UGCAGAAUUGCAGCACUUUUAGCUUCGACGAUCAUGUCGACCAGAACUCUAACCCUUGGCACGAGAAGCACUCUCCGUCUCCGAUUCUGCAAAUUAUUCUCCGAUUGUUUUCAUUUUCAGCAUCCUUAUCCCAGAAUUCCUCAAAGCUUCCUCUCAUCUCCACCACCCACCACAGCGCGCCGCCGCGGCAACCACCAUUGCCGACCCUUUACAUCUACCUCUCAUUUGUUUCAACUCCAAAUCCAAUCGCAGCUUCAAAGCUCGGAUCCAUCUUCUCCUCACCUCGUGAACGAGCUCUCCCGGGUACUCAGCGACUUCAGAAAUCCGCACCAUGAUAUCGAGGCGGCGCUCAGUCCAUUCCGCUCCCAAAUAUCAAUCAAUGUGGUUGAGCAAGUGCUCAAGCGGUGCAGGAAUCUGGGGUUUUCCGCUCACAGAUUCUUUCUCUGGGCUCAAAGGCUACCGGGGUUUCGACAUAGUGAAGAGAGCUAUCGCAUUCUUGUUGACAUCUUAGGAGGUAGCAAGCAGUUCCCACUGUUGUGGGAUUUUCUCUUGGAAAUGAGAGACGCUAAAUCUUGUGAAAUCACUCCACAUAUGUUCUCGAUUGUGUUCAGGGCUUAUUGCAGGGCUAAUCUUCCUGACGAUGCCAUAAGGGCUUUUAGCAAGAUGGGCGAUUUUGGGAUUGAACCGAAUGUAGAUGAUCUUGGUCACCUUCUGUAUGCGUUGUGCAAAAGAAAGCAUACCUCGCAUGCCCAAAAAUUCUUUGACAGAGUUAAGGAAAGUUACCCACCUUGCACAAAAUGUUAUAGCAUUUUGAUUAGAGGUUGGGGAGAAUUGGGGAAAUUUUCACAGGCACAGAAGCUGUUUGAUGAAAUGCUUCAGAGGGGAUGUUCAGUUCAUUUGCCUGCAUAUAAUUGUCUCUUGGAGUCUUUAUGCAAGGGAGGGAAGAUGGAUGAAGCUUAUAAAAUGUUCAGAAAGAUGUGGUCGAUGGAGCUUAAACCAGAUGCUUUUACAUACUCUAUAUUCAUUCAUUCUUAUUGUCAGGCAAAUGAUAUUCAUUCAGCUUUCAAGGUUCUAGAUAGGAUGAAAAUGUAUGAUCUUGUCCCUAAUGUGUUUACUUACAAUUGCAUGAUCAAGAAACUUUGUGGGAUUAAUAAGGUGGAAGAUGCCUACCAACUGUUGGAUGAGAUGGUUGAUAGAGGAGCAGUUCCAGACUCUUGGAGUUAUAAUACGAUUUUAGCUUUCCAUUGUGAUCAUAAUGAAGUUAACCAAGCAUUUAGGCUGAUUUCAAGAAUGGAUCAGUGCGGUUGCCAACCAGAUCGGCAUACAUAUAAUAUGGUGCUUAAAAUGCUUAUUAGGGUGGGAAGAUUUGAUAGAGUUGAGGAAGUUUGGGAUGGCAUGGAAGAAAGGGGAUACUAUCCUUCUGUCUCGACAUAUGCUGUGAUGGUGCAUGGUCUCUGUCAGAAGAGAGGCAAACUUGAGGAAGCAUGUAAAUAUUUUGAAAUGAUGAUUGAUGAAGGAAUACCACCUUAUACCUCGACGUGUGAACUAUUGAGGAAUAAACUUAUUGGUUUAGGAUUUGCAGACGAGAUAGAUAUACUUGCAGAUAAGAUGGAGAGAAGCACUUCUUGUUCAAUUCAGGAGCUAGCAGGUUUGAUGAGAGGUAAUAGGCGUUGUGUCAAACACAGAGAUGAAGGUGAAUACACAGAUGAUAGCGAUGCACAAUAACCUUGAUGGAUGAACAAUUAAAGCUUCAUUUCAAGCUGAUUUCUUGUUCUUCAUUCACAAGCUUGAAUUUUUCAUUUACUAAUAUUCCCAUUAAAAGUGACAACUUGAGCAUCUCCAAAACAGACUAAGGACAAUGGAGCUAUCUAGACUAAUUGUCAAGCAAUUGUUCUGGUUAUUAUAUUAUUGCAUUAUCUCAGGACUUGUAGCAGGCUUCUUUUCUUAUGUUCUGGGAUCAGAUUGUCAAAUCAGGGCAUAUCAGUGAUGAUAAUUGAUAUGUUGUUGACCUCAACGGUAUUUGUUGCAAGCUCAAAGGAAGCCCCUCCUCCAUUGCCAUUGUGUGAUUCAUUGGAAAUUGGUCUCUGGGUAGAGAGAAGAUGUCACAGCAUGAAAGCUGAAACAGAUGCUUAAGUGGUGGCUGUUUUGUGCAAAGCUGAUGCUUAAAUCUUCCCAUCCAAGGGACUUGUUUGGAGAAAUUGUGAGAAGUGUGGUCUUGUGUGAAAGAAACAGCACUCAUCCUUCAGUUCUUUCCAUUCCUAAAGAUGAUGGUCUGAUCAAACUUGAAGUGCUGAUAUUGACUAGAGGGUCUGAAGGGGAAACAGGAAAGGAAACUGCAGAAGCCCUGUUGAAAGAGAAGAUUUUGCAAUGGAAAAGAGAUGAUUUUAUACUUAGAAAUGCUCACCAGAUUGCUUCUGUCAAGUGAAACUAAUAAUUUCAAGUUCCACACUGUGUAUUACCUUAUUUAUAAAAGUUCCAACUUUUCAGGCA